AUGGGUGCCCGCAAACCACUUGUCGCCCUAGUGGCGCUUAUAUUCACAGCUGCAGCGUGGCUACUUAUGAUGCUCACACUGCUGGGAGGAGCACAAAAUAAAACACCCCUGGAUCGCACAUGGUUCCUGCAGGCAGAUACUUCGAGAAUACCCGGCGCCCAACUCAUAUCAAGAUGGACUUUCUGGGGUAUAUGCGGUGUCGAAGAUGGGAAAAACGUUUGCAACGGCACCUCUCCAGGGUUUCCUCUCGAUCCUCCUUCGAAUCGAAAUUUUGGUACCACUGAGGGUGUCCCCAGCCAAUAUAUUGGAACCCGCAAAUACUUCUUCAUCACCCGGUUUAUGUUCGCAUUCAUGUUAAUUGGCCUUUUCUGGAUUUUCGUGGCAAUGGCAACUGGAUUGUUAGCUUUUUGCACAAGCAUUGGAGGCUGGCUCUCCUCCUUUUUUACAUCACUCGGAUUGAUUUUCCAGAUUAUCACCACAACACUAAUGACCGUCGGCUAUGUUAAGGGUCGCAAUAAUUUCUCGUCAAACGGCCAGCCCGCCAAAGUAGGUACAAAGGCAUUUGCAUGGAUGUGGACCGCUGUGACCCUCCUGUUCCUUGCCAGCCUUCUAUACUGCGUAGCUGGUGUCCACUCCUCAUCGCGGCGGAGUGCUGGGGCAAGUGUCGCUGGCACCGCUGCUCCGAAACAACAACAUCAUGGAGGCUUUCCCCAAACCCGUAGCACCAAACGAAGUUCCUCUGAAGCCACGGCAGACAAGGAAUAUGCUUAA